ACACCUAACCCCGCCCACCAAACAAAGUCUCUCUCUUUCUCUCUCUGUCUCUCUCUUCAAACACUUCAACCAAAAAAAUCAUUCACUGCUCAAACCACAAGCUCUCACUCACAAUGACUCUCAGCAGCAUUCCGUUGGCUACCUCGGAUCUUCAAAUUUCAGGUGGAAUUCGAAGGAGUUCCACUCAAAUAUGUGCGCCCGUAAUGGCGGAAACAGUUGAUCAGAUGCUGCUUCUGAUGCGUAAGGCGAAGGAACUUGGUGCUGACCUUGUUGAGGUUCGAGUUGACUUCUUGAAGAAUUUCAGUCCAAGACAGGAUCUUGAAAUCUUGAUCAAGCAAUCUCCUUUGCCCACUCUUAUCACUUACAGACCAAUAUGGGAAGGUGGUCAGUAUGAUGGUGAUGAAAGCCAGCGACAAAAUGCAUUACGUCUAGCCGUGGAGCUGGGAGCCGAUUAUGUUGAUGUUGAGCUUAAGGUAGCUCAUGAUUUCUACAAUGCCAUUCAAGGAAAGAAACCUGAAAAGGUCAAAAUUAUUGUUUCUUCACACAACUAUCAAAACACUCCAUCUGUGGAAGAAAUUGGCGAUCUUGUGGCAAAAAUACUAUCUACUGGAGCUGACAUAGUGAAGGUUGCAACAACUGCCUUAGACAUUGUAGACUCUGCACGUCUCUUUCAAGUUCUUGUGCAUUCUCAAGUCCCAAUGAUCGGAAUCGUCAUGGGUGAGAAGGGUUUGAUGUCAAGAAUACUUAGUGCAAAAUUUGGUGGGUUUCUCACUUUUGGUUCUAUUGAGGCGGGUGUGAUAUCAGCUCCAGGGCAACCAACUGUAACAGAUCUGUUGGAUUUAUACAAUUUCAGACAGAUAGGGCCCGAUACCAAAGUACAUGGUGUUAUUGGGAAUCCUAUUGGUCACAGCAAAAGUCCUCAUCUGUAUAAUGGAGCAUUCAAGUCAGUAAACUUUAAUGGAAUUUAUUUGCCUCUGUUGGUUGAUAAUGUUGCAAACUUUCUCAACACCUACUCAUCUCCUGAUUUUGUUGGAUACAGUUAUACAAUUCCUCACAAGGAGGCUGGGUUUAAUUGCUGUGACGAGAUAGAUCCAAUUGCCAAGGAAAUAGGAGCUAUUAGUUGCAUGAUCAGGAAACCUGAUGGGAAGUUAAAGGGCUACAAUGUUGACUAUCUUGGGGCCAUUGCAGCUAUCGAGGAAGGACUUCGAGCAUCAAAUGGUGCAAGCAAUGGAUCUGGUUCCCCAUUGGCUGGUAAACUGUUUGUUGUCAUGGGAGCUGGUGGUGCUGGAAAGGCACUUGCUUUUGGUGGAAAAGAAAAGGGAGCGAGAGUCGUAGUUGCCAAUCGCUCAUAUGACAAAGCCAAACAACUUGCCAGUAAAGUUGGAGGAGAAGCUAUAAGUCUCGCUGAAUUAGAAAAUUUCCAUCCAGAGGAGGGGAUGAUUCUUGCAAAUACUACAUCUGUUGGAAUGAAACCAAAAAUUGAGAACACACCAUUACCCAAGCAUGCUUUGAAGCACUAUUCUUUGGUUUUUGAUGCCAUCUACACACCAAAACUAACCAGACUCUUAAGAGAAGCUGAAGAGUCUGGAGCCACUAUUGUUUAUGGGACAGAAAUGUUCAUUAACCAAGCAUUUGUACAAUUUGAAAAGUUCACUGGUUUGCCAGCACCAAAGCAACUUAUUAGAGAUACAUUGGCAAGAAAUACAUAAGAAGGAAUCUGUCUGGUGGCUCUUAUUGCAGCUGAAACUAGUUUCUUCAUUACAUCUAUUUCAUUUCAAUUUCUUAAUGUACCAUCAGCUAUUGGCUUAUUCUGUUGUACCAAUAAAAUUUUCACGCUUGUCUAUUUAGUGAUGAUCAUGAAUUCUAAAAUUUGUCGAUCUUACCCACAAAUAGGGCCAGAGAGGAUUCAUGUUGCCAUUUCUCACUUUUUGGAAGUUUGGAACAACUUUAUAUAACAUAGGAUGGGCCAUUUGUGGAUCUUUUUUUCAUAUUGAUUGUCCAAUAAUAGAGCGGAUUGCUGAUAUAG